AUGGCUGAACAGAAGCAGUCAAGAGCUUCUUUAUCAUUAUGGCCAAUGCGAAUGUCCUGUCCCGCCUGUCUCCCGUGGACGAUCAACAGUCAACUAACUACUUUGUAUCCAUCUUGGCUAGAACCGGUCGUUCUUGAACCACUAAAAUACGAUUUGUGUCUGGCUGUGCAGGCUUUCUCUAGUAAAAAUCGUCAAGCUUGUGGUUCGAUGACCUACUUGCGCACGAAGGUUUCCGCAGAUACCGGUUCCGGAAAGGGCAACCAGCUGGCCACCACUUUGGCAGGACGUCUUAAGGCUUGA